UAUCAAACAGACGUCUUCUGCGUCCGAUCAGUAUUAAAACAAAUAAUAUAGUUUUAAAUAAUGUGGAAGUUAUUAUUGAAAGCAGUAUUAGUUUUCUAUUUUUUAGGGAGAAUUGAAGCAGCCAGGAUAUUAGCGGUGUUCCCAACGCCAUCUAUAAGUCACCAAGUUGUAUUCCGUCCAUUGACACAAGAACUGGCUAAACGUGGACAUGAUGUGGUUGUUAUAACAACAAAUCCAGCAUUUCCUAAAGGAGAAACACCUGCCAAUCUUACUGAAGUAGACAUCCACGAUAUAGCUUAUAACUUCUGGCGUAGUAAUUUCAAAGUGUCAAAAAAAGGAUGGAAGGAUGAUCCAGUGCUGCAUAUGACUCAUGCGACUGAUCUGUUCGCUAGAGUUUUCUUCGAAGAGUUGAAGAAUAAAGAUUUUCAAAGGAUUAUCAAGGAAGAAUCAUUUGAUUUAGUGUUUGUGGAAGCUUGUGCUAGACCAGCAUUUGUGUUGUCGAACAUUUUUAAAGCGCCGCUGAUUCUUAUAAGUUCCAUUGGUGCUCUCCCUGGACUGUUCAAUGUUAUUGGUUCACCAACACAUCCUAUUCUGUAUCCUUCACCUCUUAACAUCCGACUCUACAAUCUUACUAUUUGGGAGAAAGUGACAGAAUUGUACAAACAUUUCUUGUUAAGUAGAGCAGACGAUUUGAUAAAAAAAUAUAUAGAUGAAAUGUUGAAGAGUCAUUUUGGACACGAUGUACCUGGUAUAGAUGAAUUGAAUAAUAACAUUGAUAUGCUGUUUCUUAACACACAUCCAAUUUUGGAAGAUAAUCGUCCGGUUCCACCCAAAGUAGUAUAUAUUUGGGGAUUGCAUAAGAAACCAGAGAAAGAGUUGCCAAAGGAUCUGCAAUCGUACCUGGAUACUUCAAAAAAUGGCGUGAUUUACAUUAGUUUUGGCACUAACGUAAACCCUUCAAUGCUUCCCCAAAAGAGAAUGAACGUAUUCAUCACUGUGUUGUCUCAACUACCUUAUGACGUAUUAUGGAAGUGGGACAGAGACGACGAAUUGGCUUCAAAUAUAAGAAUUGAAAAAUGGUUACCGCAGUCAGAUCUGCUGAGAAAUCCAAAAAUAAAAUUAUUCAUCACGCAAGGAGGUCUCCAAUCGACAGACGAAGCCAUAAGCGCCGGUGUACCGCUUAUCGGAGUCCCAAUAAUUGCCGACCAAUGGUACAAUACUGAGAAGUAUGUUCGCCAUAAAAUUGGCAUCCAAGUUGAUUUUGACACCGUCACUGAAGACCAGUUUAGAAAUGCUGUGAACGCUGUUAUUGGAGACGAGAGUUACAAACAUAACGUGCUUCAUCUUCGGACUCUUCUUUCUGACCAACCACAACAGCCGCUAGAGCGUGCAGUGUGGUGGACAGAGUACGUGCUACGUCACUCUGGCGCCAGACACCUGCGAGCGCCCGCUGCCAACAUCUCCUGGACUGAAUACCUUAUGAUUGACUUUUUCGUUUCUGUUCUCCUGGUACUUCUGGUGGCAAUUCUAGUGAUUUGUAAAAUAUUUUUCUAUGUUUUAAGAGUUAUUUUUAGAAGUACGAAGGUGAAAAAGAGUUAAUUAAAAUUACAGUUAGUUUUCUACAUAUUCUAGACUUAAUACCUUCUGUUGGACUUACUAUUAAAUAGUACAGUAUUUGUCUUCUGUGGCUUCUCUAGUCUUGUUUUUAAGCUGUUGUGAUUAUGGCUUAUAUAGGUUCGUAUCACAUUCUCGUCACCAGUUGUAUGUUGAAAAUUAAAUGCCAUAAAUUAAUUAA